AUGUGGCGGCCGGUGCCUUUGCUUGUGGCAACUGGGCUGCUUUGCGUGCUGGCUCAGGGUGGAGGCACAAAGCCCAAGCCGAACUUGAUACUGAUACUGCUCGAUGACCAAGACCAUGUCCUGGGAGGUAUGGAUCCAUAUCCCAACAUCCAGCGCCUACUGGGCCGAGAUGGCACGAACUUCAGCAACUUCUUCGUGAAUACUCCCGUUUGCUGUCCAAGCCGGGCUGAGUUGAUGGGAGGCCGUUAUGGGCACAACAACUUGGUCGACACGCUUCGGUCUUCGGAUUCAGGGGGCUUGCAUGGAUGCAUGUGGGCAAACGUGACCGGGCCAUACUUCGUCCAGAACCAGCUUGGCACCUACUUAUCCAAGCUGGGGUACACGAACGGCUUGUUUGGAAAGUACAUGAACGUCCCUGCAUGCUCUUGCCCGGUUGAGGCAGGUUGCCGAGAAAUGUCGAAGGGGGGUCAGGCCGUGCCCCCAGGCUGGGACAGGUGGUUCGCCCUGUGCAACAUGGGCAAGUACUUCACAAACACCUACAACGAUGAUGGCCGAAAAGUGUCCACGGGAGAAUUGCCGCAGGACUACAUGACCGCCGUAAUCGGAAACAGGACCAUCGCUUGGCUAGACAAGGUGGCCGGAGCGAGGCAGCCAUUCUUCGCCUACAUUGCGCCACACGCACCUCACCUUGCAGAUGCCCAGUUCCCAUAUGUUACGCAAGCUGCUCCAUGGUACGCAGGAGCAACUGGCCAUGCCACAGCGCCUCGAACCCCUAACUGGAAUGUGCCCAACGUGGGCGCGCACCCGUUGAUUGCAAAGCAGCCCAAAAUGGACGACCUGUCGAUUGCAUGGAGUGAUGCUUUGUAUCGCUCCCGGGUGGAGUCGAUGAUGAGCGUAGACGACCUUGUGACAGAUGUCUUUGACUUGCUUGGUCGCAAGGGCGUCCUGGACAACACGGUUGUUCUUCUCACGUCAGAUCACGGGUAUGCCCUGGGUCAGCAGGCAAGACCAAGCGGGAAGUUCAACGUGUAUGAGAAUGACAUCCGCGUACCGAUGCUCAUUCGGGGUCCCGGAAUUGCGCGCGGUGCGCGUGUGGAAGCCGUGUCCGGACUUGUUGAUAUUGCACCUACCUUAGUUGAGUUGGCUGGGGGAGAUCCAGAGAGGAUGGAGCUGGACGGGCGUUCACUGGUACCCUUUCUCGCCGGCAAGCCACCUGCAAAGUGGCGGAAUGUAUAUCCCAUUGAGUACUGGAGUCUUGGAAAUGUUGACCGCGGCGCCCCAGAGAGCCCUGAGUGCAAUCCCAGUGAGGGAGCAGACUGCAAGAAGAGCUGGUGCACUUGCCACUACCACCGCCUGGACGGUGAGAACAACACCUACUUAGCUGCAAGAUACAUCGGCGAGGAAGGUGACUUCCUCCUGGCAUAUUUCUACGCAGACCGCACUGCGUCGGGGGAUUUGCCUCGCGUCUUUGAAGGUCUCAGUCCUGUCUUUGCCGAGAUCUACGACCUGAAAACUGAUCCGUGGCAGAUGCAGAACCUCUAUCCGGAGAUGGAACACGAGCGCCCGGGGCUCUUCAAGCGGCUCCGCAGGGUUCUCUUUGCCAUGAAUCGCUGCAGCGGACGCUCUUGCCGUAGAGCCGAGAUCGAGGAUGCCACAGCCUACGGUCCCACUGGCGGCUGGUACGAUCGAAAGGAUGCUACCCACCCUUUCCGGAGCAUCAUUGAUGUCCUGUACUUCGCAGCAAUGGGACCUCCAGGCGGUGGCCGAAACUUCAUCACACCGCGGAUCAUCGGGCACAUGUACUUGGUUGGCUUUCCGCUGCUGGACGACGACAACAUGAUGCAAAUCUUCAACACCAUCCUGGAAUGGAAGUUUCGGGCAGACAACUAUCCCGGCGACGUGGCCGGGCUCAGCAAGAAGAUGGUCCAGGCUACGUUGGAGAUCUACAAGAACACGCCAGGACCUCGAGCGAAGGUGCUAGACAGACACGGACACUGA